AUGGAGGAAGAGAGCAAGAAGCACUUCAUCCUUGUUCAUGGGACGUGUCAUGGAGCAUGGUAUUGGUACAAGCUCGCCACCUUGCUAAGGGCAGCCGGCCAUAGAGUCACGGUGCCCGACCUGGCUGCUUGCGGGGUGCACCCCAAGCGCCUCCAUGAGCUCCGGUCGUUCUCCGACUACUCUGAACCAUUGAUGGAGGUGAUCUCCUCGAUCCCAUCCGGCGAGGAGGUGAUUCUUGUUGCCCACAGCUUUGGUGGAUUUACCGUUGCCCUUGCCAUGGAGAAAUUCGCAGACAAGGUCUCCGCCGCCAUCUUUGUUACUGCAAUGAUGCCAAGCACCGCAACUCCCUUCUCCACCAUCGGACAGGAG